AUGCUUGCGGGCGGCGCGUACCUUGCUCCCAAGCCCUGUGCUACGAUUGAUUGCCCAGCGACGGAGCAUUCCAGCGACGUCACCCCCGCCUCUUCCCAGCGUCGCACCGCCGCCAACCUCGACGGGAGUCAAGGACGGCCGACAUGUUGUACGUUUGCAUCGCUCGCAUGCCGCCGACGUGCAGCUCGCUCACCGAUCCAGCGUCCUCCCGCCACCCCCGCGAUAUCCCGGGGCGGGGCCCUACCACCCGGUUGGGCUCACGGGCAUCGUGCCCUUGAUGGAGACCAACAACACCAUCGCCAACCCGACGGGCCCGGAGUGGCAGUUUCUCGCGGCCGAGGGUGCACACACCCCUUCCACUCCUCCCAUAACCAAGCCGGAGCGCGAGGCAUGCUAAAGGGCGUCUUAGGAACCUACGUGCUGAAGGAGGACCUCCAACUCGCCACUCCUCCGCCCCAUCCGUCGGAGGCGCCCAUCGUGAACGUGAACCCUCUGGCGACGAGCCCGCAGCCGGCGACGGCGGGUACCAAAAUGUCCAUCGUCAGCCUCGAGGCGAAACCGCCGCCGUUCCUGUACAAGGGGCCGGCGGAAACGACGCUGUCGCUCGGCGGCGCCGGAUCCAGCGUGCGGGACCGCUCGACCGAAUCGCGCCUCUCGACCGAAGGCGCCGUGAGCAGCGAGGAUGGCCGCGGCACGUCCGCGAGCGACGUGCCGACUGCCUCGGUCACCUUUGGCUCCGCGCCGGCGUUUGGGGAGGGAAACGCGCUGCUGACGCAGGCUCCGGUCCGGGACGUGAACAAGAAGAAGAAGCCGAAGAACAGCGUGACGAAGAGCAACUCGUCCUUCAUCUCGAGGGUCAUCGUCAACGAGAACCUGUCGCGAAGGCUGACGGAUCGGCCGGCCGACGGCAUCUUCGCCUUCGGAAACGUCAACCGCGCCUUCCAGUGGCUGGACCUCUCGUCCCCCAACAAGCAAGACUACCUGACCAAGAUUCUCUUCACCAAGGCGCACUGCCUCUGUCACGACGUCAACAAGACGACCAAGAGCCCGUCGCACAUGGACGUCAUCAUGGGCUUUUCCACCAGCGAGGUCAUCUGGUGGGAGCCCAUCUCGCAGCGAUACACGCGCCUCAACAAGAAUGGAGCCAUCAACAACACGCCCGUGGCCGAGAUGCAGUGGAUUCCGGGAUCCGAAAACCUCUUCCUCGCCGCGCACAUGGACGGCUCGCUGGUGGUGUACGACAAGGAACGGGACGAUGCCCCCUUCCACCCCGAAGGAGAGGCGCCGAGCAGCAGCGCCGGGAGCGAGGCCGACGACGGGCCCUGCGGAAACGGCGGCGGCCACCGGCCCAAGAUCCAGAUCCAAAAGUCGGUCCACUCGCGGAGCCAAAAGACGAACCCCGUGGCGGCUUGGAAGCUCUCGAACCAACGCAUCAACGCCUUUUCCUUCUCGCCGGACAGGCGACAUCUCGCCGUCGUGAGCGAGGACGGCACGCUGAGGAUCAUCGACUACCUCCGAGAAGAGCUCCUCGCCUUGUUCAACUCGUACUACGGCGGCCUGACGUGCGUGUGCUGGACGCCCGACGGCAAGUACGUGCUGACGGGCGGCCAAGACGAUCUGGUGUCGAUAUGGUCCGUGUCGGACGCGGCGCUCGUCGCUCGAUGUCAGGGCCACGAAUCUUGGGUCACGGCGUUGGCCUUUGACCCCUGGCGGUGCGACGACAGAAACUAUCGGUUCGGGAGCGUCGGCGAGGAUGGCCGCCUCUGCCUCUGGGAUUUCGGCGUCGGCAUGCUCUAUCGGCCCAAGAACGCCGCACGACGUAGAGGAUCCGUCUCGUCGCCGGCCGGGAUGCCGCCGCGGCUCGACUCGGGAAGCGCCGUCGGCCUGCGACGCGACUCGACGGUGGACGACGACGACGACGACGACGGCAUCUCUCACCCCGUGGAGCCUCGGGCGCGGAUUCCGAUGCUGCCGCCCAUCUUGACGACGUCGAUCGACAGCCACCCGGCCUGCUGGCUCGAGUUCAGCGAGGAGGCCAUCAUCACGAGCUGCAAGAACGGUGCGUCCGCAUCGCCCGUCGCGCGCGAGAGAAUUCGGCUGACAGCCAUCGAGCAGGCCACGUCAGGACGUGGAACAGGCCGGGAAAGGGGGCCGCGGCCGGCGCUGGCACGGCGGCGUGAAUCCUGA